AGGCUCAUAAACAUUUAGCUACAUUCGAAUACCAAGCGAAUCCCAGUGAAUCGGAACAAAUAUCUUGUAAGUUACUCACAGUUGAAAGGUUCGAAAAUGAUAAAGAUUGCUUUGUUGGUAGCCCUCUUAGGAUGCACGGUUCAAUUUGCUGCAACAAGGGAAUGCUUUGAAUGCCAGUCUCUCAAAUCCAUGGAGGACUGUGUCCAGUCCAUGAAGAAGGUACCGUGCCCGAGGGAAACUGACCGCUGCCGUAAUAUGACCGUGCAGGUCUACGUUCGCAUGCUUGGGGAGAAUGUUACAGGCUUUCAGCGAGGCUGCGCUUCGCAAGACGAGUGUGUCUUCAGCCGUUGCGCGGGUCAUUUCGGGACGAAUUACGGAGAGAACGACAACGCUUACAACGUCUGCAAGAUGAGUUGCUGCACAGGGGAUUUUUGUCCCGAGGGAAAUGUCACCAGUAGUACGGAAGUUCAAAUUGGCCCCAACAAAGGAGCACGAAGCGGAUGUGAUGUCAUUCAUACCAUGAAGUUCUCUUUAGUAGCAAGCAUCUCGCUGUUAAGCUUCAUCAGGGCACUUCUCCCGUGAGCUAUCUUUUUGGGAACAAAGAAGAUAGUAUAGAAGUAACACGCUGCUGUUUACUGAAAUGUGGUGUGCUCGUAUAUUUUUAACUAGCAUUUUUUUCCUUGUCAUAAUGCCGGGCAUAAUGUAAUCUAUUAUUAGGAAAAUAAACAGCUUAUGGAAGUUUUUUCGGAAGACGUACUUUAACUCUCAAAUUUUCGUAGAAAAGAUAUUUUUAAAUAACUUAAAGUACAUUUUCGUUACAGCUCUUUAAUUUAUAGCCCAGUUCUGCAACCGCUUUCAGCGACAUAAGAAUGAAGACAACCAAAUUGAGCUGCAUGGCUAAAAGUUAGACCUGUAUAUGAAAAAAGAAUAAGAUACAGCUGAGAUUCUCGUUACUAGCUCGUGUUGCAGAUACCCAUUUGCCCCGGUGUAAUGCUGUGUUUGCCAUCCUAUCGAAUUGUUUUAACGAUAAACCGUGCCACUUUAGUUGUUCAGGAACCUAAAUGUUGAGUUUUGACCAAAACGACUUGAAAAGGUAGCUUUAAAAUUGGUAUGUUUUUGCCCAACUUCUGGCCUUUUUCGUUUUAUUACUGACAUUGACAUUUGUGUGACGUAGCUAGUUUUCGCAGACCCGACAGAUCUGAAUAUGUUUCGAUGUAAUUAUCGAAAAUCAGAUUAAGCCCUAUUAGAUAUUCAUUCGGGACAAGCGAGUUGCUCUUUUUUUCGUUUUGUUUUAAUUUUUGCGAUCCGCUUUUUCAACUUUUUUUUAUCAAAUUAGGAAAGUAGUAUUAACUAUGUACGUAUGCCAUAAAGGCAUAAAACUAGAAAUUGCGAUUCAUGUGGGUUCGUUGGAAACUAAAGUGAACAGAUUAGUACAUAAUUUUUUUUGUAUUUUCACAGUUGUACGUAUAACUGGUCACUGACAAAUUUUUGAUGAGGUGUUUUUAAGUAAUAAUAUUGCAUAAGACUAGUAUUGAGGAACAAGAUAGUGAAUUUUCUAGGGUGAUACCCUGUGCAGCACGUGUUUCCGUACAAAUUGUCCGCAUUUUGACCGCGUGUGAAUUAAGGUGGCUCCACAGAGUGCAGUGUGUUUGAGGAAACGAUGUAAAACGAUCAUUGUCAACGUUUAUUUUCGUAAACACCUAAUUGUAUGUGCUUGAUUGACGGUUGUAAACGUAUACAUAUGAACGUAGCCUGAUUGGUUGUUAUUUAAUUUUCGCGCGCACUUUAGAACCAAUCAGAGCUAAAUGCGAUGUGAACGCGAACUCUGUGGAGUUCCGUGUUCUUCAGAUUGGAAUUUUCCGACGUUUUUUUCGAGGGAGGUAACACAUUCGUUUCUUUUCUGUUUUCUUUUCUUAACUCGAAAGCAAUUUUAUUAAUAGUUGAAAUAAAGUCACUGAAGGUAAAGCUA